CGAUUAUAUUAUUAUUAUCAGUUUUACUGUCGCGUUUCAUCGUUUACUCUAAACGCAGAAGUACACGAAACAUUUAUGAUAGUCAGUUAAAAGGUAUUGCAAUAUGCAACCAAUCUUUGUGCAUCAUGUAUCGAGAGUUUCAAAAUCACAUAAAGAAUACUUCUCUCAAAGUAUAAAUCGUAUCCGGGAUCAUUUGUCUUUUCAUUCUGAGAAGAUCUGAAGAACUUUAUACAAUAUUUUGAAAUUGUGCAGCUGUACAAGGGGUUCUGGACCUCUUGCAUAGCGCUGGUGCCUCAAGAUCGGGCCCAUCGCUAGUGAAGCCGAAAACCGGUGCGCAGGCACGCGCAUGCUGCGCUCUCUUCCUUCCAUUCCCCGGUCCCCUAGCGCAGGUCCGAAGCGGCCCCUACCAUUUCCCACUGUUCGCGACACGUUCACUCGAGCAGGCUCCUCCGUACUCGUUUCCCGCAGCCGCCAAGCCCGUUUCUCAUCCGAUUUGCGUCGACCUGCCGUACAGCGUACGACCAAGCCACGCUCGAAUACUACGAGCCUCAAGAAUUUCUCCACUUCCUAAGUCAAGGCGUGCUGCAAUAGGCAGCGGCGUAACCUGGCAACGAUUUUUCCUCUCGCGUGCGUGCUUUUCCGCGUCUCGGUCUCGGGUUACUAAUGCGGGCCCCCCUAACUCUAAAGUGUAGUGAAACGCGAGUGUUUUAGAGGUGGUGAAGCUUUUCGGUGCACUUAACGGCAUGCAACAUCGUCGAGUGGAUGGUUAAAAGUUGAGGUGCCAGUGCUGCUCGGAACGCAGGAAUUAUAAUACAUGGUUCGCCGAUCCUCUGCUGUAAACAUAUCGUGGGAUUUUCGCCAGCCGAUGGGAAUUUCCUUUAACUGCGAUCGUGAGACCCUUUUUGGAAUCUCUAAUACAUCGUAGUUUUUACGUUUUGCUCCAAAAACUUUUUUACCUUACAAAUACUCUUUCCUAGUUAAGAAUUAACUGCAAAAUGCAUAUUUUUUUAGCGCAGUUAAUUUCUUUUACUUUAAUUGAUGUUUAUUAAAGAAUUUUGAACAACAGAUCUUUUAUCACCGUGAAUCCUUCACGGUGAACAAAUGGGAAUUAUAUUUACCGAAACGAAUGAUUUUAUUAGACGAAUACAUAUUUUGAAUAAUCUGAUAGCGCUCACAGCAAACGCGAUAUCGUUAAUAAAACAUCGCCGGUGGAAUGUACGAUGCGGAAGUCGUCGCGGUGCUUCCCUGCCUUCAGAAAACUUUUUCUCAUAGCCAGUCGUUCUUUUCAUUGGCCGAGGGUGACUCGGAUGAUUGGAAUUUCGUUCCCCGCUGACAACGUGCUAGUGUUGGUUUUUCGAAUGCAGACAGAUCCUCUUCCUUUUACCCUGAAAGCUUCACGCUCGCCAAGAAUCCACAGGGAACGUCAAGCCGUGCUAUGCAGAUGAAGGAAAUGAAACUUUCAAACGCCAGUAAACGAACAUUAAGCGUGAAGAUUUUCCCGAGUGAUAGCAACUGUUGUUAAACGUGGAAGACCGAUAAUUCUGAAUGAAACAAAAUACGUAACAGAUUAAUCGUCGGAAUUGGUUUAAUUAAUCGAGACGGAUUCAAGAUCAACGAGAGAAAAAGGCGAGCGCGUGGAAUAUGAAUUAGAACGACGAGGAAAGUGAAGGUCUGACCACUCGAAAGGAAAAUGGAAUUCCAUAACUACGCGCUGCUUUGAGUCGUCCGCGUGUUUUACUCAUCGUGCACGAAACGCAAUCGCGAUUGGGAAAACUCUAGCAUCGGAAUGAGGUCAUGCGAUCCUCUGGUCUACCGUGACGUACAAUAGAGUAUCGUAGGAUAAGGAGAGACGUGAACAAAAAGAAGAAAUCCUCGGAUAUAUCUGGGAUGCACGUGGGAUUGACUGCUCCUACACCACUGCUCGUGACGCCCAUGCGUCGGAAAAAUCCGCCGAGAAAACGCGCGUCGGCUUCAUUUUUCCAGCAGGCUACGAUUCAGAUUGUACGAGAAGAAAGUUUAGAUUGAUAGAAACCUGGUUGGGAGAAAAUGCUGAGAAAGGGAAUUGAAUAAACCCAAUAUAAUGAUAAAUACCGGAUAUAAAAUGUAUUCGAGAAAUAGUCUCGGUAUCCGGUGAAACAGAGAUUUUCAAUAAGAUAAACAUGCAAGUGUGAUUUGGAAAAGUAUCUGUAUAAGAGAAAGGAACUUAUGCGUGGUCAGGAUGCUUCCUCGGAGGUACUAACAGGGAAAACGUCGGAUUCUCGAGACGAAGUUUUCCAGCACGCGAUAAUGGAUAGGAACGAUAAUAAUGUGGGUGUCGGAAAUUCGGGAAACUCCCCGAAUUCGUCUUCGACGACACACGGUAUUCUUCACAAUACUUCCGGCGGGACCGAUACACAGAACGGAGACAGAGGAUGGGAAGUCCAUCAUGUCACUGUUACCAGAGUUCCCGGUUACGGAUUCGGGAUUGCUGUUUCUGGUGGCCGGGAUAAUCCCCAUUUUACUAACGGCGAUCCUGCUAUUGCGAUUUCUGAUGUCCUGAAGGCGGGACCCGCGGAAGGAAAAUUGCAAGUGAAUGAUCGUAUAAUAUCCGCCAAUGGAAUAUCGCUGGAGGGCGCCGAUUAUGGGGCAGCGAUCCGCGUUCUCAGAGAUUCCGGGUCAACAGUUCUCUUAGUCGUCAAGCGUAGAGCUUCCUCGAAUUCUUCUGGAAAUGUAGGAAACUCUACUCUUCAGAGCCACCGGCUAACUCUCACCAGGAACAACAAAAAAGAUGAUUUCGGAAUUGUUCUCGGUUGUCGCCUUUACGUGAAAGAAGUGACUCGAGAGAAUACGGGAGUAAAGCCGGGGGACGUUUUAACGCGAAUAGGUAGCGUGGCCACGGACAACAUGAGUUUGAAGGAAGCCAAAAAAUUGAUGGACCAGUGUAAAGACAGAUUAUCGAUCGUUGUAACGCGAGACAAUUCCUGCUGCCACGUUCAGCAGCAGGCAAAAAGUGAAACCGGAGAAUAUCUUUCGGGAACGACGAGUUACAGUAGCCAGAACUUAUAUGUUCCGCCUCCGACGAGGCAGCCGAUGGAGGACAAAAGCAAUCUUGUUCCCAGAGGCCGUGCCAGAGGUCCUUUGAUGGACGUUUCCCUCAGCCAGUUAGACCUUCCUGCGACCCCGACUGUGGACCCGCCUAGACCACCACCCCCGAGGCCUGAAGAUUAUUAUAGCACAAGGAGGCAAUUGUAUGAAGAAGAGUUGUCUAGGACUAAGCUCCCAAUGCCUGACCCCCGAUUUAUUACUUUCCAAAAAGAAGGAUCCGUGGGCGUACGUUUAUGCGGUGGAAACGAAACAGGUGUUUUCGUAACUGCCGUUCAAGCAGGGAGCCCUGCAUCUCUUCAAGGUUUACAGCCUGGAGAUAAGAUAUUAAAAAUAAACGAUAUGGAUAUGAAAGGAGUAACAAGAGAAGAAGCAGUUCUCUUUUUACUUAGUCUCCAGGAACAAAUUGACUUGAUCGUUCAACAUCGACGACAAGAAUACGAUCAAGUGGUAGCAUCCGGCAAAGGAGACUCCUUCCACAUAAAAACUCACUUCCAUUACGAACAACCGCAAAAAGGUGAAAUGAGCUUCCGUAGCGGCGAUGUCUUUCACGUUAUAGACACGCUGCAUAACGGUGUCGUCGGGUCGUGGCAAGUGUUCCGUAUCGGUAGGAACAAUCAGGAAGUGCAGAAAGGGAUUAUUCCGAAUAAAGCACGAGCCGAGGAACUAGCGACCGCGCAGUUCAACGCAACGAAGAAGGAAAUGAGUGCCAGUGAAAGCAGGGGUAGCUUCUUUAGGAGAAGAAGAAGCAGUCACAGACGUUCUAAAUCUCUUGGCCGAGAUCACUGGGACGACAUAGUGUUUUCAGAUAGUGUUAGCAAAUUUCCGGCCUACGAGAGAGUAAUUUUAAGGCACCCGGGAUUCGUUAGGCCCGUGGUAUUGUUCGGUCCCGUCGCAGAUCUAGCUAGAGAGAAACUGUUAAAAGACUUCCCUGAUAAAUUCACAUCUCCACAAAUGGAAAACCAAUUAGAUGACAGUGUUGGAAAAAAUACGAAGUCGUCGGGUAUUAUUAGACUUAGUGCCAUCAGGGAAGUGAUGGAUCGGGGCAAACAUGCUUUAUUAGACAUCACUCCGAACGCGGUUGACCGAUUGAAUUACGCUCAAUUUUAUCCCAUUGUUAUCUUUCUGAAAGCUGAGACUAAGCAGAUUAUCAAGGAAAUGCGUGCCGGAAUUCCCAAAUCGGCGCAUAAAAGUAGCAAGAAGCUUUUGGAACAAUGUCAGAAAUUGGAUAAAAUCUGGGGCCAUAUCUUCAGCGCUGUGAUCACUUUAACCACACCGGAAGCGUGGUACCGUAAGCUCAGAGAGUUGAUCGACCGACAGCAGCAAGGAUUACUUUGGAUGAGUCAAACCAAGCCGGAAGAAGCACUCUCGGAUGACUUCCUAUUCCCGAUGACUUCUCGCCUCUCCUAUGCUUCCUCUCCGGAGAGUGACUUGGAACUCAGUCCGGCGCCAGCUAUGCCAGGUGCUUUGGGGGCACCAUCCAGAUUAAAAAGCAGUUCCGAUCCGAGCAUCGCGACGCAGGACGACAUCGCUGCACCGCCACCGUAUUCGACCACGUACCAGCAAUCGUUCGAACAACCGAAGAGACGAUCGCAGGGAGGAAUGGGCGAUGGAAAAUACGGGUUCUCGUUAUCAGGGCAGGGUAGCAAUCAAUCAGGAUCGCCUGAAUACUUAGGCGGUUCGUUCGAGCCGCGACCGACUCAUCAUAGUCCUCCUGAUUUACCUCCGCGGGUGGAUCGCAACGCGAAGCCGAGUAAUCAACAACAGCGAAACACUAUCGGGAGAUCCGCGCAAGAACGGUUGCUUACCAAAACGGAUUCAGUAUUGGAUGUCGCAAAUUAUAUUAAUGCUACGCCUCAUAAAGCGAACGCAACGUCGUCGCUCGAAAGAACUCAACCGAAAGCAGGAAGUUACGACAGCAUGUCUUCCUACGAUUCUUAUAAUAAUACAAAUGGAAAUGCUAGUUAUGGUACACCGGGUCUGAACACAUCGACUGGUCGGUUGGGUCCCAACGUUCCCGAUGAUUUGAAAAGUUCUGGUGGACCUGCGAGACCACACGAUCCUUAUAGAUUCACUCGAUCGACUGCUCAACCGAUCCCAGGUCACGAUUCACAAACGAGAACCGAUUAUGCCAAAUACAGCCGGACAAACGAUUACAAGUCCAUAACGUUGCCGCAAAACAAACCUGGGGGAUCGUAUAAACCGAUACCACCUCCGAAACCGAAGAACUACAGACCGCCCCAAGCAAACAUGACUCAACCAGAGAAUAAUGGAAACGAAGGAAAUAAUACUCAUCAACACUCGAAAAGCUACUCCAUUGCUACUUCUCACGUAGAAACUAACAAUGUCCAACGAAACAGUGGACAGUACUAUUACAAUAUUCCGCCCCCGAAUCGUCACGAUUCGAAUCUGGGCAACUCCCACCACAACUUGAGCCAUCUCUCCACGCCCGCGCACAAUCACAGUUUGAGCCAUACCCACGCGCAUUGUAGCCCGCCAAUGUCGCACAGUCACAGUAACAGCGCGAGCCAGUUAAGCCUCGGCCUUUCGCAUAACAGAAGCAACGUUAAUCACAACGGGUAUGUUAUGAACAACGGUCACAACACGAGCGGACAGUGUUUCCCGACGAGUCCGGGGCACAAUCGAGAACCAAGCGGCCUAGAUCUCGCAGGAAGCAGAGAGCAAAGAGGAAGCGCGUUCGAACUUUAUCGCAAACCCGUGCACCAUUACAACGCAAGUUAACAUGCGCAAGGACUUAUAGGAAAGCGUAAGUUAUUAAUCAUACUAACUUGACAUGAAUAAAAUCGUGAUAAAAUUUACAUGUAGCAAAGAAUAUGAAUAUCGGAAAAGAAGGAUUAAUUGAGAGCUCGGAAAUUUAAUCUAUCUCACCAGUUUUCACUCAAACUUUGUAUAUACGAUUUUAAUAAAAAAAUGAUAACAAAGUUUUGCUAAGCAUAUUUCGUAUAUUCUUCUUUUAAUGCUACUGUAAGUUGCAUAGAACCGUUUAGAGCAACUCGUUAGACAGAAAGAUUAUUUUCUUAGGAUUAUUUCUUUUUUAAGAACGAGCCAAAAAUUUUUAUAGGGCAAAUUUACUUUUGUACAGCGUCCAAUAUACAUCGAUAACAUAUUAA